UGCAUGGGUGCUCCGAAACCGAGGGUACCAUGCUAGACGACUACAGCAAUCGACCUUUUUCCAUUCUCCUUGCCGUUUCCUCUCAAGACCUCAUCGGACCAGAGCAAGUACCCACUUGGUUGCGUUUUUGGGCGCCCAGCUUCCCUCAUUAUCUGUAUACUUGUUUACAAAAGAGCUCCUCAAUACCUUACCACACGUGUAACUUUACUGUUAGAAGAGGGAGUCCAUGGUUUAUUGGCUUGUAUCACUCCAGCUUCCAAACAAGCGGAAAGAUGCAAUCUGGGAGCUGCUGCAAGAAAAAACGAGCGCAGCAGCGCUUGGCAGCAACUAUAAGCUCGAAAUUCCAGAGCUUCGCGUUGGCACGCUCGACUCCCUGAUGGCGCUCAGCGACGACCUCAGCAAGACUUCCAACAUGAUGGAGGCCGUUGUCACCAAGGUCAAGCGCCAAAUAAACGAUGCUGGGGGAGCAAAGUCGCUGUUGGAGCUUAAGGUGGAGGGCAUCUCGACUGAGGCAUACGUCCAGCGGUUCAAGUGGGACGAUGCUAAGUUCCCAGCCCGGAGGCCCCUUAAGGAGACCGUCGAGAAGAUGACGGAGCUGGUUAGCAGGAUUGAGGACGAUCUCAAGGUUAAAGCCAGCGAGUACAACAACUUAAAGAGCCAGCUCAGCCAGGUCACGCGAAAGGCGCAGGGCAGCUUGGCAAUUCGGGACAUCAACCAGCUUGUCAAGCCCCAGCAGGUCAUCGAUACUGAGCACAUGACCACCAUGUUCGUUAUCGUCUCCAAGUUCUCCGUUAAGGAUUGGGAGGACAGCUACGAGACCCUGUGCAAGUUCAUUGUGCCGCGGUCCUCUGCUGUGAUCGCGGAGGACAACGAGUACGUGCUGCGGAGUGUGGUGCUGUUCAAGAAGGCGGUGGACGACUUCAAGGCGGCCGUGCGGAGCAAGGGGUACCAGGUGCGCGAGUACACGCCGCCCGCGGAGGGCUCGGAGCUGUCCAGCGCGCAGGCUGAGCAGCUGAAGCGGGACGUGGAGCAGAAAAAGACGGCACUGGAGCAGUGGUGCAAGACCGCGUACGGAGAGGCCUUCAGCUGCUACAUGCACGUGCUGGUGGUGCGGCUAUUCGUGGAGAGCAUCCUGCGGUACGGACUGCCGCCCUCCUUCCAGGCGGCGGUGGUGCGGCCGCAGGAGAAGUCGGAGACCAAACUGCGAGCGGAGCUGGAAUCCACAUUUGGCGGCGGCAAGCAGCAGUACUGGAAGGACGACGGGUCCAACCUCGGCGCUGGCCUGCUUGGAGAUACGGAGCUCUACCCCUACGUGUCGCUCACACUCAGCACCGACUACGCGGCCUAAUAAUUGGCCUUGGCGCUUGGAUGGCUUGCUAGGGACACCCGCGGGGUGUAGCGCCUAGUACGCCAUGGACGGGGAGUGUGUACUGUUCUCGGAAAUGGCUUGGGAAGGGGUGAUUGCUGCAUAGGCGUGCUACCAAUGGGCGGGCGUAGAUGUCUCGAUGGGAGGACUCUUUCCGCGGACGUUUUACUUGGGUUCUUGUGUUAUUGAGGUGGUGUUCCAUUGUUCAUGGCACUCAAAAUCUAUAAAGUUGUGAUGUGACCUGGGGCGCUAGGACGACGGGCAACGGAAACCGUUUACUUGCUUGUCGAUCAAGCGGAUCAUGCAGGAUGAGGAGCGGGAGGGGCUCUACCCGUUGUUAGACGCAGCUAGCCUC